AUGACCGACUGGUCAUAUGACGAAGUCGAGGAGAGAGGCUUGUUCAGCAUAAUCAGCCCCGUCUAUGCGCUCACCUUGUUCGCGGCGGCGGGCAUCUAUUUCCUGUUCAAACGAUACGAGAGUGUACGAUACAGAGCAGUCCCUUUCUCCAUCAAGGCUCCUGCGGCGGCUUCUUCUAAAUGGACCUCGCUCACGAUAGAAAAUCCUAGCCUCGAAUCUCAUCUCGUCAAUUCAACCCUUCUCCCGACGGCACCGACACCAUUGCUCAUGCAAGGCUUCCCAACGGCAAAACCGACGAUGAAGGCACAAUAUAUAACCUGUUACGAUCCGUCUACCGGCUAUCAUUUGGAUACAAUUCCAGCGGACUCGGAAUACGAUAUUGCGGAAAAAAUUGGGCUUGCGCGCCGGACGUGGGUGCAGAGUCGGUGGGGCCAGAGCUCCUUUGGUGAGCGCAAGCGUGUAAUGCGUAGUUUGCUUCGUUGGGUCGUCAAAAAUCGUGAGCUCUGUGCCCGAGUCGCAUGCCGUGACACCGGAAAGACGAUGAUUGAUGCGGCUUUGGGGGAGAUUCUUACUACAUGCGCAAAAUUGGAAUACCUAAUUGACCAUGGCGAGGCUGCCCUACGACCAGAGUCACGCAAGUCGAGUCCCAUGAUGUUCUACAAGAGCUCCAAAGUCUACUAUGAACCGCUCGGCGUUGUCGCUGCAAUCGUUUCGUGGAACUAUCCAUUCCAUAACCUCAUCUCUCCCAUUAUUGCUGGUCUCUUUGCUGGUAACGCAGUCGUGGUCAAAUGUUCGGAGCAAGUUGUAUGGUCUUCAACGUGGUUCAUCUCUGCAAUCAGGGAAUGCCUCCUCGCUUGCGACUUGCCUGCCGAUCUCGUUCAGCUCGUUUGCUGUUAUCCGUCCGAAGCAGAUGCAUUGACGAUGUCGCCAUACAUCAAACAUAUCACAUUUAUAGGUUCAGAGCCUAUUGGACGCAAGGUGCUUCAGGCUGCCACGGUUCACCUCACUCCGGUUACUCUUGAGCUUGGUGGCAAGGACCCAUGCGUCAUUCUGCCGGAGACCGAUCUCAAGAAGUGGGUAGACACAUGGCUGAGGGGUGCUUUCCAAAACGCCGGACAAAACUGCAUCGGCAUCGAGCGAUUCAUUGUUCAUUCAUCUCAGCACAAAGAACUCGUGACCCUGCUGGCUGAGAGGACGAAAAAAUUGCGGUUCGGUCCUGCUUUGGCCGAAGCCUCAUCUGAUGGAGGUUACAUCGCCCCUGUCGACUGUGGUGCCAUGAUUUCACGUAACCGGUUUAGUGAACUCGAACGAAUCAUACACGAGGCUCAAGAGGAGGGCGCGGAUCUUGUCGUUGGCGGUCAAGCAUGGAGGCACCCAUACGUUGAAGAGGGCAUGUACUUCGAGGGCACAGUUGUUGCCAAUGUCGACCCUGCCAUGGAAAUAGCCCAGCAAGAACUCUUUGCGCCGGUGAUUACCGUGAUCCCCUACGAGUCGGUCGACGAAGCCAUCUCGAUUGCCAAUGGGACCCGUUACGGAUUAGGUGCAUCGGUUUUCGGUCCAAAGCAGCAUGAAUGCGUCGACGUCGCCAGAAGGCUGGAUUGCGGCAUGGUUUCCGUCAACGACUUCGGAGUCUUCUAUUUGAAGUAUGAUCUUGGUUUCGGCGGAGUCAAAGCGUCCGGCUUUGGCCGUUUCUCUGGACCAGAAGGCUUGCGUUCUCUUACCUGCCCCAAAGCAGUGACAAUCGACCGUUGGCCAUCUUUGAUUCAAACGAGCAUUCCCCCACCGCUACAGUAUCCGAUCAGGUCCAUGGUCAAGGGAUGGGAUUUCAUUUCGGCUAUGGUUGAGAUUUUCUGGGGGGAUUCUCUCUCAGACCGAGCACACGGUGUCAUUGAAAUCAUCAAGGCUUCACGCUAA